CAGCGUGAGCCGAAUUAGCGGACGGUGUUGAUGAACAAGGUUCAUCAUCCCUUUUGCAAUUAUUUUUACCUGAUAUUACAUCUAUGUCCAAUAUUUAUAGAUAGGGCUUCUGAUUUUUGCGGAAGCAUGAUUUUCUCAGUGGCUAUACUGAUUCACCAUCCCGUUUCUGUUUUGUUGUGCGAACGUUUUUAUGUUCUUGCUUAAUAGCGUAAACAUUCAUUUAGUUACGAUGUCGAACUAUUUAUUUUUAAUUGAUACGCUCUUCAAAUGGAUACAAUGACUAAGAUGCCUCCGAAUCUCUGAAGAAUAAGGAGCAGAGAAGGAUCUACUUCCUCACUGAGGGAAAAUUUACUUACAAAAACGCCUACAGUUGAUGGAUAGAGAUAUGGAUUACGAAAGGCCAAAUGUAGAAACAAUCAAAUGUGUGGUUGUGGGUGACAAUGCAGUUGGAAAGACCAGGCUUAUCUGUGCGAGAGCAUGUAAUGCCACCUUGACUCAAUACCAGCUACUGGCGACACAUGUACCAACAGUCUGGGCUAUUGACCAAUACCGGGUCUGCCAAGAGGUCCUGGAACGUUCCCGUGAUGUAGUUGAUGAUGUCAGUGUAUCAUUGCGACUCUGGGAUACAUUUGGUGACCAUCACAAGGACAGACGGUUUGCCUAUGGCAGGUCUGAUGUGGUUGUGCUUUGUUUUUCAAUUGCUAAUCCCAAUUCGCUGCACCAUGUCAAAACCAUGUGGUACCAGGAAAUAAAACACUUCUGCCCACGAGCACCUGUCAUCUUGGUUGGCUGCCAGCUGGACUUGCGGUACACGGACUUGGAAGCAGUUAAUCGUGCGCGGAGACCUCUUGCAAGGCCAAUAAAACACAAUGAGAUCUUGCCUCCUGAAAAGGGUCGAGAGGUUGCCAAAGAACUUGGAAUCCCCUACUACGAAACCAGUGUGGUUGCCCAGUUUGGCAUUAAGGAUGUGUUUGAUAAUGCCAUCAGAGCUGCCUUGAUUUCCAGGCGACACCUCCAGUUCUGGAAGUCCCACCUAAGAAAUGUUCAAAAGCCUUUACUGCAGGCACCGUUCCUGCCUCCCAAGCCGCCGCCCCCCAUCAUCACUGUCCCCGACCCACCCACAACCAGUGAAGAACAUCCUGCCCUGCUGUUAGCUAAUCCCCUUUGUGCCGAUGUCAUCUUAGUGCUUCAGGACAAAGUUAAAAUCUAUGCUCACAAGAUUUACUUGUCUACCUCCUCCUCAAAGUUCUAUGACUUGUUUUUAAUGGAUCUCAGUGAAGAACAGGAGCCCAUCAGUGAAAGAUCAGUGAGUCACAGUGACAGGCAGGGCAGAGAAUAUCUCAUGAGAGCUGCCAGUUUUGAUGUGAGUGAAAGCACAGAUGAAGUUAGCGCCGUCCAACCAUUAUCAAGCCUAAGGGCUUCCACAAGUGACAGCAUCUUGAAACUUAAUGCUUACGACAACAGCGCGAGAGCAAGGGCUUGGCUCAAAAGGGGAAAGAUCCUCUCAUCAUGGAGCAGAGCUUUCAUUAGCAUCCAAGAAGAGGUGGCAGAAGAUCCUAUCAAUUUUAACAGUCGGCUGAUGACUGUCGUCAGAAUGGACUACUCCGUUCAUCCUGAUGCAUUCAGGGCAGUGAUGCGCUACUUGUACACUGGUCAGCUGGAUGAGAACGAGAAGGAGCUGAUGCAAAUUGCCCACAUUGCUGAGCUUCUGGAGGUUUUUGAUUUGCGCAUGAUGGUGGCCAAUAUCUUAAAUAAUGAGGCCUUCAUGAACCAAGAGAUUACCAAAGCAUUCCAUGUAAGGAGAGCCAAUCGAGUGAAAGAAUGCCUUGCCAAAGGGACCUUCUCAGAUGUGGUGUUUAAGAUGGAUGAUGGAACAAUCUGUGCCCAUAAGCCCUUGCUGAUCUCCAGCUGCGACUGGAUGGCAGCAAUGUUUGGAGGUCCGUUUGUGGAGAGUUCAACCAAAGAGGUGUACUUCCCAAACACAAGUAAGAGCUGUAUGCGAGCGGUGUUGGAAUAUCUGUACACUGGACAGUUCUGUUCUAGCCCGGACCUGGACUCCAUGGAACUCAUUGUAUUGGCGAACCGCCUUUGUCUACCUCACCUGGUAGCGUUAACAGAGCAGUACACUGUAUGUGGCUUAAUUGAAGCUACACAGAUGGGUGUGGACAUAGAUGGAGAUGUUUUACUGUUCUUGGAAAUUGCUCAGUUCCACUGUGCCCAUCAACUGUCUGAAUGGUGCUUGCACCACAUCUGUACAAACUACAACAACGUUUGUCGCAAGUUUCCCAGGGAAAUGAAGGCAAAGUCUCCCGAGAACCAGGACUACUUCGAAAAGCACCGUUGGCCUCCUGUCUGGUAUCUCAAAGAAGAUGAUCAUUACCAGCGAGCAAGGAGAGAGCGCGAUAAGGAGAACUACCUGUGCCAGAAGCGUCAGUUGAAGCGCAAGUGGUUUUUCUGGAACACAAGCUCGCCGUCUGCAGCCUCUUCCUCCUCCACUGUCAUCUGAGGCCAUGGACCCCUGUUUCAAACUAACAGCUAAUCCAGCAUCCAACAGUUUGAAGGCCUUCUUCCGAGUCAGCCAAACACUUACCAGGUUUUAACAACCAGCAACCAGACCACUGCAGUCUGGAUAGAUCAUGGCAAUCAAAGUGAGUUUUUUUAAUCCCCUGACGGUCAGUGCUAACUUCUCCCUCUCUCUGUCUCUCACGUCCAAACAUGCACUCAUAUAGAAAGGCGCAAUAUACCCAAGUACUGACUGAGCAGGUCUGAUGGCCCAGACCUUUUCUGCUACAUCGAUCAGAUCAGACUGUGGGGAAUAGGUGAGAGGCAUUAGACCCUGGAGCAGUAACUGGUGACUGUUAUUAAACCUUGUUGCUGGCAUGGGUGUGGUUGUUUAGCACAAUGGUUCAGUUCUAGAAAGCAUGAUGCUCUUCCUUGCAUGGAUAUUGCUCUAGCUGAGCCAGAUUGAUUACAAAUUGAUAUAUAUUCCAGGAAUCAUAUUUGGGUACAAAUUGGAUGCUUUGCUGAGUUCAUAUUCAUACCUAAUACCUUCUCUUAAAUCAGGGCUUCAUUUCAGAGAAACCGAGGAAUAAGAUUCUGCGCUUAAUUCUUUUUUUUUGAACAGUUGAUUAGGAAAGUAAUCCCUGAAUUUGUUAUUUCCUCAUUUGCACACUGAUCUUGUGUAGAAGACACACACAUUUUGUAUUCAAAAAUAUUCAUAAAAAAUAUAAACCGAAUUUAUUAGCAAAUAGAUCUGAAUCAGGAACAGUGCUGUUCCUUUUGUACUUUACUUACAAGUUACUUACAAGUAGAAGCAGUGCAUGAGAAAGUGGAAUUAACAAGCCACCAUGUGUCUCCCUCUAGUUGCAAUAUGAGGUGUUGUGGGACUGCUACAAAACAUGUAGAAUAAUUUUUCCUCACAACCCUCUGGUGAGUUACAGUUAUAUUGGGGAAAAGUGUUCUUUCUUUGCUUGUGAUAAUUUUCAAUUUGUGAUAUUUUAAGUAAAAAAAAUCACAGUUUUUCUACCACCAUCUUUUGACUAAACUGCACUAAAUCAACAGGACAACCCGAGGAAGUCUAAUCUAGGAUCAUAUUAGCAACAAAGAAGUGUGUAGCUGGAUUAAGUUUGUGUAACUACUGGGCAGUGACAUGCAUUCAGUGUUGCUUCAUGAACGUUGGCUUGUUCUAAGGACAUUCUUCUUUUGUAAUGUCAAUGAGGACCUGGAAAGGAUUCUGGAAAAAAAGAUGACAAUCUUUUGACUAUUGUUUUAGGUUCUGACAGGACAGGUCAUGCAAUUUAUAAUUUCAGUGUGAUUAAACAGAAGAUCAGGUAUUGAUACUUUGUAUUUGCAAAAAAAGACUUCAAUGACUUCAGCACAUUGCACCCAAGUACCAUUUAAAUGGCCUCUGUCCACUCCCGGGAUCAUGUGCUUGCACUGCACAUAAUCCUUGGGGCAGCACCUUGAUUAUCCAAGAUAUUAUGCACCAAAAACAGAGUGUGUUUAACGGUUUGAAAUAAGGCAAAUGUAACAAGCAGUUUGCCAUUCAGCAACAAGGUGUGUCCACUCACCUGAGGAAGAUCCCGAAAAAGGCAGUUAGAUAUCAAUUCUGUGUGACAGUAGUCGAAACAAGUUAAAGUCUCUGUUACAUUUUGUGAAAUACUUCAGAAUAUCUGAACUCAGUGUAGUCAAGCUCUGAGUCUCCAACCAACCCAAUGCUGAGUUGUAAUUUUACUGACAGAGCUCCCGUUGAGUGGUGAAAAUUUCUGCAUCGUGGUGCUCUUAUCCCUAUAAUUUCAUAUUUGUUGUAAGGAUCUAAAUCUCUGUAAACAUUUGAAAGGACCAAAUGUUUACGUUAUUUUUUUGCUUGUUGAGAAUUCAAUAAGAAAUUGCUUUAAGGAAACAGGAUUUUGUUUAGGCCAGUUCAAGGGUAAGAGAAAUGUGAAGGUAUUUUAAAUGUUGUUAUUGAUAGGUUUUCUCUUUUGACUGUGGAACUUGUUGUAUAAAUAAACUGGAAUCAUUGCAUAAAUGUGGUUAAAACCUUUCUCCCUUGUAAACCAUGUUGUGGAAUGUGCCAAAUUGUGGUUGAAAGUUGUUCGUUAUUAAGGUAAGCAUUGGUCCAUCGAACUAUAAAGUUUCAAUGAAAAUUCAUCAGCUGAAACAUUAACAAUUGCAUUAUUAGAAUUGUGAUUGAACAUAACAAACAAUAAACAUACAAUCAGUGGCCACUUUAUUGGGUCCAGGAGUGAAUCCGGUGUGGUCUUCUGCUGUAGCCCAUUCGCUUCAAGGUUUGAUAUUUUGUGCAUUUGGAAGUGCUCUUCUGCCCCCCACUGUUGUAACAUGUGGUUAUUUAAGUUACUAUCAUCUUUCUGACAGUUUGAACCAUUCUGGCCAUUCUCCUUUGACCUUUCUCAUGAACAAACCAUUUUCGCCCACAGAACUGCCACUCACUAGAGGUUUUCUUUAUAUGUUUUAAACACCAUUCUCUGGAGAUCAGCAGUUUCUGAAAUACUCUAACUACCCCAUAUGGCAUCAAUAAUCACUCCACGGUCAAAGUUACCUAGAUCACUUUUCUUCCCUGUUCUGCUGAUUAAUCUAAACAACAACUGAACCCCUUGACCAUGACUGCAUGCUAUUAUGCAUUGAGUUGCCGCCACGUGAUUGGCUGUUUAGAUAUUUUCAUGAAAUAGGUGUACCUAAAAAAGUGGCCCUGAAUAAAGAAUUUCAGUUAGAAGCUCUGUAUUGAGAUUUCUUUCCAGGUCUAGGGUUUGAUAUUCUAUUGCACAAACCAAACAAUGGGAUCCAAACAGGAAAAAAGACUGAAGGUGUGUGAUGGAGAUCUGUCACUGGUCAAAUAGUUUGCCCAUCUAACUUCCCUGCAGAACAAUGUUUUAUUCAUUAAGACCACUGAAUAGUUAAUGAAACAAAGACAAGAAAAAUGCGUGAACAAAUAUUACCUGAGGAUACAAAAGACAGGUGGAGUCCGUUUAAUCAGUAAAAGUAUUAGUUCAGUAACCAGGGACUCCAGACUUUCUGAAAGCACCAGAGUGGAAAUGGUGAGAUUUUUUUCCUGCGUGAACUGUGAUUAAAGUUCAUUAACUGACAGGCGCUUGACUUAAUUGUAACCUUGCAAUGGGAGAAUGGUAAGAACAAGAGACGUUAGUCAAGGUGAGAGAGAUUGGGGUGCACUUUCAGAACCUAUGGCUUCCUUCUGUGCUGUCAAAACCUACAAGGCAGGUCACUUUGUUGAAGGUGGAAGGGAAGGUGGGGAAUGAAGGAGAAAUCUACUUGGUGCUCUUGGAGUAAGACCAAGAUGGCAGUAAAAGCUUGUCGACCUUACUUUGAACUGGAGGAGUGUUAAAACUGGUGAGAGACUUGCAAAGACAAGCCUGCAGAAAGAAAGACACCAGACCAGCUGAAAUCAAUGGGCUCCAAAAUGAAACUAGGUGGAAAGAUGACAGAAAUGCAAAGGUUGAUAUUAGAGGAUGAAGUGAAUUGCUGCUUUCAGACAAUAUUAAUUAAUGAUGAGGAAAGUUGAAGAAGUUGUUAAUUGUGCUGCAUAACUGAACCCAGGCAAACUUGAUGUCUUUCUGAUCCAUGAGAUCAUUGUUGCCAAUGCUGUGAGGCGCGGUAUUGAAAUAUAUUCAUAUUGUGCAUGCCUUAUGGAGAGUGGUUUGCUUUUAGCAGGUAGUUACGGUCCUGUCUGAUUCUUCAAACCUUUGCUUAACUCCUUUGAUUCAUAAAUUUGACUUGCAGUCAAGUGUAUUGGCAAGGCACAAAACCAACUACUGAGCACAUCUAUGAUUGAAUUUUCAAAGUACCUUGCAUGAAAUAAAAAUCUUUACAAUUUGUAAUUGCUGCUGCUAAACAAUUGAGUUUUGAAUUAUUUUAAUUCAAUGGAUGAAAUAUCACAAUUUUUAAAAUAUUAAUAGGAGUUUUAUGUUCUUCCCGUGAUUGUGUGGGUUUCCUCCCAGUAGUCGGGUUUCGUCCUACACUACAAAUAUGAAUGCUGCUUACUGCAGGUGACUGCAUUGUAGGUGCAGUCAAAACGGGGACAAUCUUGUUCAAACACAUGCAUUGAGAAAUUGACUGAAUCGGGUACAUCACUAGUUUUGCAUCAGUUUCAAUUUGAUGCUCUGCUGAAGUCUCUGUGAAAAUAUAGAUCUCAUAGUUCUCCACCCUGUGAAUUAGGUUCAACGUCACCCUGCAGAGAUUUGCAUUCUUGAGUCUUGAAACGACUGGAACCAUACUUUCCCAUUUGUUACUGAUAUGCACAACAAUAGUGCACUUUAAAGGGUUGCCACUUUCUUCAUAAUGACAUUGGGCACUGUCAAAAUCAAAGUCAACUUUAUUGACCUAUGCACAAGCAUCACAGGCACAUAACAUCAUAUCAGCAGCAUUCACAAGUAACACAUAAAUUGUAUAUUUUGUACAAGAAAGAACAUAAUUGGAGCAAAAACUAAGUAUAUUUUAGUGCAAAGUGAUCAAAAUGUUGCUAAGCUGUUAGUGACUGGAGUGACAAGAACCAAAUGGUUGAAGUAGCUGUUCAUGAACCUGGUGGUGUGGGACUUCAGUAUGGUAGGAGAUACUAGAGUCUGUGUUUUAACCAAUUAUUGUCAGACAAAAACAUGAGCAUGUUUGAUAUAUCACACCUGCUAGGAACAGGAGAAUGGGAGAGGAACAUUCAGAUCCUCGGAGGCUGGAUAGAUUUUGGCUGAUCUGUAUCUCAGCUUCAUCUACAUGCUUUGGCGACAUAAACCUUAAUACACUUCCCUAUCAAACAUCUAAUAAGUACAGCCUCAAAAGGCUUGUUGGCUCUGGACAGUUAAAUAUCUUUGUGAAGAACGGCUUCCUGAUAUCACUAUUUCUGGGAAUGUAUUAUCGCCAGCACUCAAAUACCCACCUUAUCUUUUAGUGUCUUAUGCACUCUGAACUUUGAUUCAGUUCACCUUUCUAUCUGUAAUGGAAAAACCAGGCCAUCCACGUUUCAUGAUAAUGCAGACUGCAAUGUAACACACUGUGUACAGCUUUGAAUGUAGCUGUCACAGAACAAGUGUGUGUGUGUAUAUAACAUAAAACAUCAGAAACCUCUUCACUAUAAAUAUUACACAAUAACAUCAUUGUUAGCCAAAUGUCCAUCACUCUGGGUGGUGGGAUUGUUGAAAAGCGCUUUUAACAAUGGAUGUAACCUUCUCUGCUGUGAUACUAUUAAAGGGCUUCACUGUAUUUUUUUAGAAAUGUGAAAAUGUCCAAAGUACCACAAAAUGUUCUUGUUUGUUUGCAAAAAUUCUCCUAUUUGGUAGUUUAAAACCAGCACAUAACCUUAAUUCUGAGCACACUCUUUGGAAGGGGUCAGUAAAACUGAUCGUUAAGUUGAAUCAAGUAUGGAUGAAACAAUGGUUAGUGACAGUGAGAAUAGUCCAUCAUCUGUGGAAAAGGUAGCUGACAAAAUUAUCAGAGAAACCAGACUUUACAAUCGUGAUGCUUGCAAUUAGAAUGAUUAAAGGCCAUUUGGACAGGGACAUAGAUAGGAAAGUUUUGGAGGGAUUUGGGCCCAACACAGGCAACUGGUGAUAACUUAGGUAGGCAGCCCGGUUGACAUGGACAAGAGGGGCUGAAAGGCCUGACUUCCUGCUGUAUUGCUUCAUGAUUCCUAUUAUCUUGUCUGAAAGGGACAUUGGUCACGUCUUCCAGUUAUAUCAACAACUGCAAAGGAGAGAUGAAGAGGAAGACAGAAUAUUUAGCCCAAGAGCCAGUACAGGCUGAGUGAUCCAACGAAAGGGAGAAUUCUGACACCAAAUGGACUAUGUGCCCAGAUGUUGUAAACACCUCUGCAGUAAUGUCUUUCUUCCACUGGGUGUCACACGUAGAUUUUAGCAACCACUGCAAACUGACAAAAGCUCAUUUUGCCUCAAAGAAGUUGCUCUUCAUGAGAUAUACUUGGAAUCCUUUGGACUCUGUUGGUCUUAAUGGUUUUUUUUAAAUUCCUUGCAAUUUUUUUUUGAUUAGUCACUUUAAACAAAUGUGUCUGGAAAAUACUGUCAAUAACUGAGCUGCCUGAGGACAUGGUUGAGGCAGCUAUAUUAAUAUGUUUGAAAGAUACAGAGAGGUACACGGAUAGAAAAGUUUUAGAGGGGCAAGUAUGGACAAAUGGAACUAGUUUAGAUGAAUGUCCUGGCCCAAAGGGGCUGAAGGGCCUGUACCACGAUGGCUGUCUCUAAGGUUUUUAGUGAUGUCCCUUGUGUUUAGAACAAAUUUUUAGAGUCUAUGCAUGAGUGAGUGAAGCAAUGCAGGCAGGACAUAAAAAUGUAGAUCACAUGAUGUAGCAAAGUGAAAGCUUUCAGCAGACUGAGAGUUGCAUAAAAGCUCCAAAAUAAUAAGUAGUUCAUAUAACUAGAGAGCACUGUUGAAGCACAUUCAGAGAUUGUUCAGGAACAAUAUAAACGCUCUAUUCAACUGGCAACCAGUACUGCCACAUGGUGCUUGGGCUCUCAGUGUGUACUUGAUGACUUUGAAGGUGUACACUCUUCAGUUUCUGUCACUUUUGCCCCUCCUCUUGCUCUUAUGUUUCCACUUCAAUCCCCUGUUCCCCCUCCCCCAUUCAUCCCCCCCCCUUUCUCUCCUAUGCCCUCACCAUCCUCUGAUGGCUUUUCUUUUUCUCAACCUCUUCCCCUGCUCUUUGACUUUCCUUUCUCUUUGAGAUCAUAUUUUCUUUCCCCGCGCCAUCUGGUCAAUUUAAGAGAAAGGGUAGGGGUGCUGUUGCUCACGUGCACAAGCUCAACACCUUGUGGGCAGGCUUGGCUCCAUUGGGGAGCUCCCCAAACGUGUAGACACAAAAGAGAGAUUGUAAGUUGUUGGUGAGUGAUGGGGAGGUGGGGGCUAUCGUGAAUUAAACAAUGUUUGCAGAUAGUGUGCUACCGGGGAUCUGGAAACAGACAUGUACCCUGGGGUAGAGAGCUUUCUCAUCUACCUUGGCCAGGGUUUCAGGCCCUUACUACUGGAACCUAGGAACUUCCCUUAAGUUCUCAGGUAUGAAAUGUGACAAAUACAAUUUGUAAACUGUUUCUAAGCAAGUAAAUGUUGAAUACUGUGCAGGAGUCAUUGAGACAAAGUUAAAGAAAUCCCCUUGCAAAAAUCUUAGAAUCAUAAAGAAAUGGAGCACUGCAGCACAGAAAAAGGACUUUCAAUCCAUCCAGUCCAUGCCUCCCCUCUUCACAAUAUUGAAGAAGGGCAUUUGGCCAAUUUAAUCCAGGUUAGAUUGCAGAGCAAUUCCAUCAAUCUCAUUCCCCAUUUUUUCCAUCUCAUCUAUUCUCAGCUCAGGAAAGGUGUUAUUAUGUGGGAAAGAGUGCAGAAAACAUUUGCAAGGAUGUUUCUGGGACCUGAGGGACUGAGUUAUGGGGAGAGCUUAGAUAGGCUAGGACUUCAUUCCUUGAGAGGUGGUGUUAUAGAGGUGUAUGAAAUCAUGCGGGGUAUAAUAAGUCUUUUUCUCUGAGCUGGAGAAUCAAAAACUAGAGGGCAUAGGUUUAAGGCGAGAAGGGGAAAGGUUCAACAAAAACUUGUGGGGCAGCGUUUUUUAUUUAGCAUGUAUGUGGAAUGACCUGCCAGAUGAAGAGUUGGAAGCAGGUGCAAUAAUAACUUUUAAAAGAGACUUGGACAUGUACACAAAUUGGAAAGGUUUAGAAGGUUAUGGGCCUAACACCAGCAAUUGGAAUUGGCUUGGAUGGAGCAUCUGGGUCAGCAUGGACCAGUUGGGGUGAGGGACCCCUUUCCAUGCUGUGUAGCUCCAUGAUUCCUGGCACACCUAUAGUAGGGACAAUAUGCACAGGAGCCGGUUUACAGGUCAGCACAUCUCUGGAACGCCAGCACUCAGGAGAGCGCGUGCAAAUUCCAACCAAACAGAAAUGGGAAUCAGAAUCAAAUGGGGCUCCCAUAGCUCUCCCGGAUACCAUUUCUCCAAAUACUUCUCUGUCACUGCUGUUACCUCUCCAUGAGUGUUUCAGACAUCAUGAUUAGUAUAAACAUUGAAUUUACAGCAUGAAAACAAGGCUACUUAGCCUUAAGGACAUCCACAUACCCUGUUGGUUUCAUCACCCCACCAGGAGCAAAUCCUCCUUUUGGGAAAGGUUUGGUAGCUCAGUGUGUGCGAGCAUGGUUGACGUAACAAAUGGAAGAAAUAUAUUUGAAUUCAAAUCUCACUUGGGACUGGGUUAUUUCUUUGCUCACACUGACAGGCCAAGAAGGUUGUAAAGGUGACCUUGUGCUGAAUGAGAGGGUUACAGCUGGUGCGGCAAUUGUUGAUGUCCCAAUUUGCCUCAGUGCCUCUAGUGAUCCCACCCACACUGCAAAGUGUACACAUCGUCUGGAGCAGGGGAGGGUACUUCUUUAUGAGGAUGGAACUGAGUGCAGCACCGACGGCCUCUGCCGUCUGUACAUUGGGGCUCCCUUCGUGGCUCUCGAAAGCUGAAAAGCCCCUUGAACAAGCAUCUGGAGAGCUUCUGGCAUCUCCAGCUCCAGCAUGAGAAGUGCCUUGGGGGAUUACAAAUUAAUGUAUAUAACCUGAACCUGCCUCCUGGGACAGAACAUCACUACUGCCACCAUAAAUUGGUCUUGUGAAAAUGAGACGUCGUGUUCUGUGCAGAUAUUUGGUUUUCCAGAUAAAGGAGUUCACGGGAAUGCUUUCCUGUGAGAUUGAAAAUUGUGGAUUGGGAAGACUUUGGGGAGCUAACUUUGACCUAACUGGCCAAGCAGGAAAUCCCAGGAGGGUCUGGUUUUACAUCCCUGUUGACCUCAGUUGAGAGUGAAUUGGGCAGAAGGAAUUUGUGCAGAUCCCCAACUUGGUAAAACACCCUGCAGUACCUCACAGGGGUGUUUACAAAGAAGAUUCGACACUCAGCAGCGUUAAGGAGAUGCCAGGACGGGUGGCCAAGGGCUCAGACCAAGAGGAAAGUGUUGAGAAUUCAUUAAAGGAGAGUGUGGGAGAGGUUUUGGAAUGGGAAUCCCAGCGCUAAGAGCCUUGAAGACAUGUCCAUCAGUAUUUAAAUGAUUAAUAUCAGAAAUGUGCAAGGGACUAGAGUUAGUAGAGCGCAGCCAGGAUGUAAAACCCCUUCCAGCUUCCCAAUGGGAUGAUUAAAUUAUUCUCUCCCCCCCCCCCCCCAUGUUUCUGUCAACUGCUUUUCCACUGUCAGGUGUUUAAGUAAAUCUGAAGGGUGAGAUGCUUAGUCCAUGAGUGGUGCUCAGCCCUGGCUGUGCAAUAUGUCAAACUGGUACCUUAUUAUUAGAUAUUUUAACGUAAGAUAAUUGUUAAAUGUAGUAACCAGAUGAAUUAAUGUAUUGUCUUUUCUUAUCCUGAAUUGAUAAUUGCUGUUCGAUAUUUUCAUUGCGAAGAAAUAUUUUUGUACCGGGUUGAUGUUGCUUAUGUAGUGCUGAACAGAGAACUAGGAAGUGGCAUUAUGUGGCACGUGUAAUAUUCAUGUAUUAAAAGAAAACUUUGC